AUCAAAGCAAAAGUUGUUUGGGCUCAGAGCACUUACUCCACCUCCCAGUUACCUGUUCUUUACCUAAUCUAUUAAUGAGAAUUUUAAUUGAUGAUGAUAAUGAAACUAAUGAUGACGCAAGUCAUGAAUUUACACUCAGACUCACUUGGAACAUGAUAUUUCCACUUUUCAUCUUCCUUUUCUUCAUCAUCCACGCGUCCUCUGGUGGACUUUAGUCAGUUAGAUGAUCAAAUUUGACCUUCUCACUUGAUAUAUUGAGUCUCUCUCUCUCUCUCUCUCUCUCUCUCUCUCUCUGUGAAAUAUUGUAUUAACUUUAAACGAUCAAUUUACCUCGAGUUAAUUUUGAUUCCUUUUUGUUACCUUAUUGUUAUGAGAACGAGAAAAACUUGAUUCGUCUCAAUAUUGUCUCUCUUUUUUUCCUCUGUUUGUUUUGGUUUCUUUUGCUCUCUCUUGAUCACAGCUGAUUGAAGAUGUUAGUUGUUACUUCAAAAGCUGAACUUAAUUCCGCUCUCAAGGAUCGUCGAAGUGGUAAAUAUAUCGGUCUAGUGCCGACAAUGGGCGCUCUUCAUGCUGGUCAUCUUAAAUUGGUUCGGGAGGCUCGUGAUGAAUGUGACACUGUCGUUGUGACCAUUUUUGUUAACCCGACACAAUUUGCUCCACAUGAAGAUUUUGACAAAUAUCCUCGAACUUUCAAUCGAGAUCGAGAACAACUGGACUCUAUUGGUGUUGACAUUUUGUUCGCUCCAAGUGUCGAUGUGAUUUACGCAAACGGUAAAGAUCAAUGUACCAAAGUGAUUCUACCCGAUGAAUAUACGAAAAUACUUUGCGGUAAAUCGAGGCCUCACUUUUUCGACGGAGUGGCCCAAGUUUGUAAUAUACUCUUUAAUCUGGUUAGACCUAAUUUCGCAUUUUUCGGGGAAAAAGACCGACAGCAGGUCACAAUUAUUCGUAAAAUGGUGAAAGAUCUUCACAUGAACAUCGAAAUCAUCGGUGUACCAACAGUUCGGGACUCGAAUGGCUUGGCACUUUCAUCUAGGAAUCAAUAUCUUUCCAGUGAACGAUUAACAUUAGCAUCUAAUCUGUUCAAGAUGAUGGAGAGAAUCGCAAUGGAAAUUAAAUCAGGAGAUCAUAAUUAUGCCAAAUUGUGUUCACAGGCAACCCAACAAUUAACAGCCGAUGGUUUUCAAGUUGAUUACUUUGAAAUUCGCAACCUUCAAGAUUUAUCGACCAAUCUGUCAAACGAUAUUUGUAUUUUCGCUGCCGCUUGGCUCGAUGGGACUCGAUUAAUUGACAACUACUCACUUCCGAGUUUCAAUGGACAUGAUAGUUGUGAUUGAUGACAAUCUUCAAUGCAAAUCAUUGCAAUCAAAUACCGCUUCAUCAUCUGCGGCCAAUUCUCCUCGAGAUUCCAAGUCGUGGAAAAGCUUGGACAUUGAUGCCAUCAGUGCGAAACCUCAAAUGCGAACGCAACGUUCCAGCUCCGUUCCAACUCCUAGGUCACAGAAAAGCCUUGACUCUUGUAGAGAUAGAUUUGGUUCUGAACUAAUCAGACCAGAUAAAUCGACCGGUGGAACCUGUACCAGUGAUGGUAAUGGAAGUAAUAACAAUGGAGAUGGUAACAAUUCAGAUGAUGAAACUGCUUUUUGUGAAAAUGGUGAAAACCAUCAACCGGUUGAACAAGAGAUUCGGAAAACUCAAGAAACUCGAGAAUCAAGAGUAUCAGUUUCCAAUGAAGAUAAUGUUCUAAUUGAUCCUGAAGUCUUAACCGACUUUUCAACUCAAGCUUUAGUCCUCACAGUCCUGGCUACACUUGUCAGGAAUACAACCGAUGAAAAUGAGAUGAAAGUUCUAUAUGAAUAUUUAGCUGAAGCAUCAAUUGUUUUUCCUUAGUGCUGUACAAACAAUCAUUGAAAAUAUGAUCGCUAAUGAAGAUACUGGACAACAGCAACUUCAUUAUCUUCAAACUUGCGGGUUUGCUGGUCUUUGGCGAUUUGCUGGUCCAUUUGCUAAAUGUCAAUCUAACUUGGAUAAUGCUGAACUUUUUGUCAAUUGCCUUGAGGCUAUGGUAGAAACUCAUUUACCUGUUGAUGAGGGAGAUACUGGUGACAUGAUGAGCUAUUCUAGUGGCUUAUGUGUAUCUACUGCAUCUAAUUUAUCAACUUCCCUUUCAAGUUUAGCAGUUAGUUCACCAACAGAUAAAGAUGCCAAAACAGCGGAUUAUCAUCAUAUUAAUUCUAGUUCAUCUGGAAAAUUGAACGAUUAUCGUUCAAGGCAUGCAGCACAAUUAAGGAAACAAAGAAGUCUCAAAGUUAAAGAUAGCGGAAAUGGUUAAGGAGAAAAUAACAAUAACAACAAAGAUAAUUAACCAGCCUGAUUGUGUGUAAAUUUAUUGUAAAUAAACGUAACGAAAAUCAACCAAAACAAAGCCAAGCCAAAAGAAAGAUUAUCCGAAAAGAGACAAAAACGGAAAACAAUUAUUAUUAAUUGUUUUUGGAGAUGCAAAGAGUUUCUCAUCCGAAUUGAAGUCAACUAUAAAUCCAAUAAUCAUUAGACUCUGAUAGAAAUGAAACAAUCCAAUUAAGAUUUAAUUUAAUCUUUGCCAUCAUCAUUUGUAUCACUUGAUGUUUCUCAACCUAUGGACCCUCAACCUAUCAUAUUCAAUUAUUUGGAUUCAACAAAAAAGCUUACUAAAGAUAUUGGUUAUCCAAGGAAAAACUAAUCUCAUCAUAAGUGGAACUGCCAUCAAAUGUUUUUUUUCAAUUAACUUAUGAUUCGGACAAACACCCAAAACCUUUUGAUUACAUACUCACCAAUAAGUAACAAUUUACUCACUGAGCGCAAAGAAAGGAAACAAUUAAAGCCAAAGAAUCGUGAAAAAAAAGUGACCUCAAGGACGAAGACAAUUUGAUAAUUGAUUGACCAAUAUUUAUAUAUCGAUGGAGAGGAAAAGUUUGUUUUGUUUUUCUCGAGAAAGAAGAUAAUUUUGUUUUUGUUUAGUUCCAAAAACAAUUCUAAUUGUGUUCUAUUCUAAUUUAGAAAUGACAAUAUUUUAUUCAACUUGACAAUUAACUACCAAUCAAGAUAGAGAGUUAUUAUUAUCAAUGUUCACAAAUCAAAUUUUGCUACAAUUGAAAACACACACACACACACAAGAUAAACAAUCAAAUACACACAAACACAUACAAAAACAUUAAGUGUUACAAUCAUUGAAUUAAAAUUAAUUGUUCAAAAUUUUAAAUUGUCUGAGAAAAAUGUGAAAAAAUCUCAUUACCCAAACAAGAUGAAGAAAAGUUUUCCUUUUACAAUUGUUGUAAAUUUAAAUAAUUUCCUUUUGUGUUCAAAUUUGUAACUAAUUGUCUCUCAUUCUAAUUGUUAAAUUAAAAAUUAAUUAUUUUUCUCAAAUUCAAUCAACUAAUUAACACUACCGAUUGUCCAGCCAUCUACCGGUAAGAAUGGGAACUAAUUUUUGUAUCCAUUGGAAUUGAAAUUUGUAAACAAAAAUGAAACGAUCAAAAUUUUUUGGUCAACUUGAGUAACUAUUGUUUUUAUUUGUUUACAAUUAAAUAAAUUAAUUAAUUAGAAUAAUUUUAACUUUUAAUUUUCAUCUUUAACAUUAUCUCCAUUGAGUUUGUGAUCAAGUGAUGGUAGAAUUGUUAUCAAUAACUGUUGAUUAUCUGCUUUUAACUUUCCAUUUUCAAGUGUCUUCUUAAAAUCUAUAUUUUGGUUAUUAGACAAAAUGGUUGUUCAACAAACUGGUAAAUCACUUGGAUUUAUUGCUAAAUAGGUUAAUUAUGGUAAAAUUAACCGUUUUAUCGUGAUCGUAAUUCGUUGAUUUGAUUAAACCGCCAAUCGAUCAGCUGAAAACUUGGAUAAUAAAGUGAACCGUGAUUCUAUUAACCAUGUCGUUAAUUGCUGUUUGGUUGGUAUCAAUUGAGAAUAGAUCAAUACUAUUUAGACGUUAUUUCCCCAAUAAUGGAACCAAAUCAAGCGAUGGUAAAAUGAUCGCCAUGUUAACCAUGAAAGAGGAAGGUCAAUUUGUCUCUGGUUUAAUGGGCUCUCUUGGAAUUGAAAAUCUACCAACAAGUUCAUCGCUUAAUCAGUCAACUAAUUUCGAUGGUCAAGAGUCUUCAUUUAACUUUGAUUGUACCCAAAUUAAUCAAUUACCCGCUUUGGGCUUCCAUUUAAAAGGUUUCCGUCUUUGGCCUAUCAUCGUUCUGGAACACAAAGGAAUCCUUUUCUGUGGAUUACCGAUUCUCACUAAUUCCUCGACUAAUUUAAUUGAUCACAUUGGUGUUUCAGUGACAGUUUCAACCUUACAAACACUAAUUAACUAUUUUUCCAAAGACAAUAAAUUAUAUCUUCUAGAGGAAUAUUUCACCAAGAAUUUACCCUUCGGAUGUCAGGUCACUAAUCCAUAUGAGAUCGAAGAUGAAUCGAUGAUGAUAAUUAAACCAAGUAAAUCAAAUGAGAAUAAGCUUUCAUCAUCAACAAUAUCACUUUCAUCAACCAUUUCCACUUCCUCGAUUGUCUCAUCAUCAUCAACAACAUCAUCCAAAUCAGAGCUUGUAUUAACAUUAAGAAUCGCUGAAUUUAUCUCAUCAAUUUCCCCUGGAACUGAGAUGAUCCAUGGAACCGUUUAUCUAACAAAUAAUAUUAUCCUAACAGGGAAUCCAGUGUUAACUUAUAAGGUUGAUAAUCUGUAUGAUCUUAACGUUAUCCUUUCACCUCAUUGUUGGCUUAACAAUGGAUCAGGUAGUUUCUCAUCAAUGAAUUCACCAACUUCAUCAUCCUCUUCAUCUCCGGCAUCAAUGGCUUCUUCCGGUUUCUCAUGUGUCUGCACCAAACUCAAUUCCAAGGCUUUACGAUAUUUUCACUACAAAUGUAAUCCAAUUCUAAUUAGGGAACCAUUUAUCUCAUACACUUACCUGGUCACUCGUAAAACUGAUUCACAGUAUCGUUUAGAUUUAACAUUGACCAUUAAGGAUGGACAUUCAAUGAGAUUUCAUUCAUUUCGUAUAAAUUUCACCAAUUUACCUCAAAAGUUAAUCUCUUGCCUUGCCAAUUGUCUUCCAAGUCAAGGGCAGUUACACACUGACCAGCAAAAUGGCUUCUAUUGGAUAGUUGGUACAAAAAUACCAAAAUCUGGUAAAAUCCGAUUAACAGCUGAUAUCAAUUGUCCAUCAAUCUCAUCACCGUCAUCAACUUCAUCAUCAACAAUAUUGUCCACUCUUUUAACUGACCAAUUGUUGGAUGCAUCGGCAAACUUUAGAGUGGACAAUUAUGUCCACGGUUUCCCAAAGCCACGGACUGAUUCAUUUACCGUUAGUGACAAUCUUUAUUCAAUCAAUUUUAAAUUAACGCCACAAUUAACCCUGACAACAUUUGAUUAUCGACUUAAACCAACUUUCUCAUGAGCAAAUCAACAACAAUUUGACAGCAAUUUAAAACCCAGUCAACAACAGCAAGAAACCAAAAUUUGAUUUAAAACUUGAUUUACAAUCAUGAUCAUCAUCCAACAAUCAACACACAUGAUGAUAACUUUUCUCACCAUUAUCAUCAUAAUCAUCACAAUAAUAAUAAUAAUGAUAAUGAUCAUCAUCAUCAUAAUCAUCAUUAUCAUCUUGAAAUGUAAUCAUAAUAAUAAUGAUUGUUAUCAUUUAUAUUACCUUGAAGGUGUAAUUGUAAUUUCUCAUUUACUGAUUGUUUUAAGAGGAGAGGGAGAAAGUGUAACCAACUCUUUCCGCUCUAUUACUUGAUUUAAUUGUUACGUGAAAAAUUGUUUUUGAUUUAUUAUGACAACAAUUAUUUUAAUUGAAAACAACAACAACAACAACAAUCAAAGAAACAAACAAACAUCAGAUGGUGAUGAAGAUUAAGAUGGUGACAAAAUUGAAAUGAUUUUGACAUAAUAUGAGACAACCACAAUUACGAUCGUAAUUUAUAUUUAACAAUUUGUUUAACUAAUCCUUUCAUAACCAAAUUAAACGGUGUCCACACAUCAGGCCCACCCUUUCAUGAAGAUUCUGAUGGUGAUAAUGAGAUAAUCCAGAUAAAAGAUGAAGGAGUUAAUCCCAAAUGGGAGGAUUAAAGACAGAAAAUGAAAUGAAUUUUUUUUCUUUCCAAUUUAAUUCAGUUAUACUUUUAAUUUUUCUCUUCACUUUUCAACAACAAUCAAAAUUAAUUGUAAUUCUAAUAAUCAAACAUGUUCAAUUGUCAUCCAAUAACGGUUAAUUGCUUGUUAAUUGUAUUUCUCUAUCAACAUCUAAUCACAUUGGAUUGUUAUUAAUAAUAUUUUUUCACUCUUUGAUUACAAACAAAAAGUUAAUUAAACAAUCAAAUGCAAUACUUUUAA